AUGUGGUUUUCUCUUGGGAUCAUCUUUUCUCUGGGGAUACUAAUUCCUGGAAAAUUUAGCUUGAAAUUGCARUAUGACAGGGAUCAGGUCUUGCAUAUUGUGCCAGAAACAUUUCAGCAAGUCCAGCAUCUUCAGCUUCUUUGCAGUACUUUAAAGCUGGAUUUGUGGAAGCCCCUACUGCCUGAAGAUAUCAAGACUGGAGAAGAGCUGCACAUAAGGGUCCCAGCCCCUCUGCUGCAGCAGGUGAAAGGCAGCUUAGACCAGCAUAUGAUGUCUUACAGAGUCCUAAUACCUGAUGUGCAAAAACUCGUGGAUCAGAGCUUGCCAAGGGAGAGGAGCCACCACAGACAGGUCUCAGGAGGUUACAUCUACACUGAAUAUCAUCCCAUGGAAGAGAUUUAUGAAUGGAUGACUCAGAUCCAGAACAACAACAGUGAGAUGGUGACUCAGCACAUCCUGGGGAUGACAUUUGAGAACCGACCAAUGUAUUAUCUAAAGAUCAGUCAACCRUCAAAUAAACCCAAAAAGAUAAUUUGGAUGGACUGUGGGAUUCAUGCCAGAGAAUGGAUCUCUCCAGCCUUCUGUCAGUGGUUUGUGAAAGAAAUUCUUCAGAAUUAUAAAUCUGACCCAAAGAUUAGCAGAUUUCUGCAGAAUUUGGACCUCUAUGUCUUGCCAGUCCUCAAUGUUGAUGGCUACUUGUAUUCCUGGAAAAAAGAUCGUUUGUGGAGGAAAAACCGUUCUCCAUUUGAAAAUGGCACCUGUUAUGGCAUAGAUCUGAAUCGAAACUUCAAUGCAUCCUGGGGCACUAUUGGAGCAUCUUUUAAUUGCAGCAGUGAUGUCUUCUGUGGACACAGACCAGAAGAAGCACCUGAAUCAAGUGCCGUGGCUCAGUUUAUCAGAAGCAAGAAGAGUGACAUUUUGUGUUAUUUAACAAUUCACUCCUAUGGACAGCUCAUCCUCAUUCCAUAUGGUUUCACAACUAAACCACCAAAUGAAGAACUGAUGCAAGUUGCAGAGGAAGCAGCUGCUGCAUUGGCAGGAAAGUAUGGGACCAACUAUAAAGUAGGAGUACCUUCUUCAGUACUGUAUAGUAACUCAGGCUCCUCACGGGACUGGGCCCACAUGAUUGGCAUUCCUUUCUCCUUCACAUUUGAACUACGAGACACGGGUACUCAUGGUUUUCUUCUCCCCACUGACCAAAUCCAGCCCACAUGUGAGGAGACCAUGCUGGCUGUGACAACUAUCAUAGACUAUGUUGAUAAGAAGUAUUUCCCAGGUGGGGCUGUGAUGCUGACCUCCAGCAGCCUAGGCCUGACCCUUUGCCUGAGUAUUGUAUUUACAUGGAUGGUUUCUUAA